UUGUAAGUUUACGCAGUUUGUUUUGUUAAUUUUCGUCAAAUCUUAUCCCCCUAGCUUUUAUUUAUUUCUACUCAAAACAUUAAAUUAUACAAAAUGUCCAGUGAGAACCUAUUUGAAGAAGAUUUUUCAGAAGAAAUUAUUACUGAAUUGGAACAGGAGUAUGUACCGGAAUCUCUUAAUGCAGAUCGUGACGAAACAAAUGAAGAUGGUCUUAAUGUCCCUGAAUCCAGUAGCGCAGAAAUUGAAUCAAAUAAAGAUGAUAACAAGAUAAAUCCAACAACAACCGAUCAGAAGCUAUUUCAACUGCCUUUAACACGCAUCCGCAAUAUUAUGAAAUUGGAUCCUGACUUACAUAUAGCAUCUAAUGAAGCCGUAUUUUUAGUUACGCGUGCAACGGAAUUAUUCAUUGAAUCCCUUGCCCAGGAAUCGUACAAUUUUACUCUUGAAUCGAAAAAGAAAACUAUACAGAAACGUGAUGUUGAUUUAGCAAUAGACGCAGUUGAUAGUCUUAUGUUUUUGGACGGUGCGAUGACAUUUUAAAAUUCUACUUUCUUUCCAUUCUUAAUUACCAAUAUUUUCAAAUAAAUACAAAAAAUAAAACAUUUUUUUGUUUGCUUUUUUUAAA